GCGGCGCCGGGCCGCCCGGUCCGGUCCCCUCCGCGAUGGCCACGCCGGCGGCCGUCAACCCUCCGGGGACUCCAGCAAUGUCUGCAGAUGGCUUAUGACAAGAAUGUCCUUCUGAAGAGCUGGAGUGAUGUGCAGGAAAUGGCUUCUGACAUACCUGGAUCAGUGACGUUGCCUGUUGCCCCCAUGGCGGCCUCUGGACAGGUGAGGAUGGCCGGGCCCAUGCCUGCCCGAGGAGGAAAACGGCGUUCUGGAAUGGACUUCGAUGAUGAAGAUGGUGAAGGGCCCAGUAAAUUUUCAAGAGAGAAUCACAGCGAGAUCGAGCGGCGCAGGCGGAACAAAAUGACCCAGUACAUCACGGAGCUCUCCGACAUGGUCCCCACCUGCAGUGCGCUGGCCCGGAAGCCAGACAAGCUCACCAUCCUGCGCAUGGCUGUCUCGCACAUGAAGUCCAUGAGGGGCACGGGGAACAAAUCCACAGACGGGGCCUACAAGCCUUCCUUCCUCACCGAGCAGGAGCUGAAGCAUCUCAUUCUGGAAGCCGCUGAUGGUUUUCUGUUCGUUGUGGCAGCUGAGACAGGGCGAGUGAUCUACGUGUCUGACUCAGUAACACCUGUUCUGAACCAGCCCCAGUCAGAGUGGUUUGGGAGCACCCUAUAUGAGCAGGUGCAUCCUGAUGAUGUGGAGAAGCUGAGAGAGCAGCUGUGCACCUCAGAAAACUCGAUGACAGGGCGGAUCCUGGAUCUGAAGACGGGGACAGUCAAGAAGGAGGGACAGCAGUCAUCCAUGAGGAUGUGCAUGGGCUCUCGGCGCUCUUUCAUCUGCAGGAUGAGGUGUGGAAAUGCUCCUCUGGACCACCUGCCUCUAAACAGAAUAACCACCAUGAGGAAAAGGUUCAGGAAUGGCCUUGGCCCUGUGAAAGAAGGUGAAGCCCAAUAUGCCGUGGUCCACUGCACAGGAUACAUCAAGGCCUGGCCUCCCGCAGGAAUGACGAUACCCGAAGAAGACGCUGACGUGGGACAAGGCAGUAAAUAUUGCCUGGUGGCCAUCGGGAGACUCCAGGUGACCAGCUCCCCUGUGUGCAUGGACAUGAACGGCAUGUCGGUGCCCACGGAGUUCCUGUCCCGGCACAACUCCGACGGGAUCAUCACAUUCGUGGACCCGAGGUGCAUCAGUGUGAUCGGCUACCAGCCCCAGGACCUUCUGGGAAAGGACAUUUUGGAAUUCUGCCACCCAGAGGAUCAGAGCCACCUGCGAGAGAGCUUUCAGCAGGUGGUGAAGCUGAAGGGCCAAGUGCUGUCAGUCAUGUAUCGAUUUCGCACCAAGAACCGGGAGUGGGUGCUAAUCCGCACCAGCAGCUUCACCUUCCAGAACCCCUAUUCCGACGAGAUUGAGUACAUCAUCUGCACCAACACCAAUGUCAAGCAGCUGCAGCAACAGCAGGCGGAGCUGGAGGUGCAUCAGAGAGAUGGACUGUCCUCCUACGACUUGUCUCAGGUCCCUGUCCCCAACUUACCUGCUGGUGUUCACGAGGCUGGGAAAUCAGUGGAAAAGGCAGAUGCAAUCUUCUCCCAGGAGAGAGACCCCCGGUUUGCUGAGAUGUUUGCAGGAAUCAGUGCAUCGGAGAAGAAGAUGAUGAGCUCCACCUCGGCAGCAGGAGCCCAGCAGAUCUACUCCCAGGGAAGCCCGUUCCCUCCUGGACACUCAGGAAAGGCCUUCAGCUCUUCAGUGGUUCACGUGCCUGGAGUGAAUGAUAUUCAGUCCUCGUCAUCGACGGGCCAGAACAUGUCCCAGAUCUCCCGGCAGCUAAGCCAGAGUCAGGCUGCAUGGACAGGGAGCCGUCCACCCUUCCCAGGACAGGCCAGUAAGACCCAAUCAUCUCCCUUCGGAAUUGGGACGAGCCACACCUACCCGGCAGACCCGGCUUCCUACAGUCCUCUCUCCAGCCCGGCCACCUCCUCACCAAGUGGGAAUGCCUACUCCAGUCUUGCCAACAGGACUCCAGGGUUCGCUGAGAGUGGACAGAGCAGCGGGCAGUUCCAGGGGCGGCCCUCCGAGGUCUGGUCGCAGUGGCAGAGCCAGCACCACGGGCAGCAGAGCGGUGAGCAGCACUCCCAUCAGCAGCCUGGCCAGACUGAAGUGUUCCAGGACAUGCUGCCUAUGCCAGGAGACCCAACCCAGGGGACUGGCAACUAUAACAUCGAGGACUUUGCCGACCUAGGCAUGUUCCCACCCUUUUCUGAGUAGCUGUGGGCAGAGCAAGGCUCCCCUGUGCAGGGCCACCACCGCGCUGUGACAUCGACACCAGCUUGCCCUGCUGCAGGACCCCACCACAGUGCCCUCACCCCUGCGCACCCCCAGGCAUGGCGCUACUCGGCUCUCACCCACAGCUCUGGCUUCUCUGUUGCUACUGACCAGGGCCCUGCUGGACGUCUGGGGCUUGGUUGUAUUUAUUGCAUUUUAUCUGUGUGUGCUCAGGAGGUGAGCUCUCUGGCCCUCACACUCAGCUAUGAAUAGUCCCUUGUAAGCGAUGUACACCAGGAGGAGUUCACUUGAAACUCAGAGCAGCAGCGGGCCUGCCUGGGACUCUGGAAUGGCUUCUGCUUGCUUUUCACACCUGCUAGCUGGUGGCCUGGGGUGGGAUAAGAGGCAGGGAGAGUCAGGGCCUUUGUCACACCCUGGAGCCGAGGAGUGUGGGGACUUGGGGAUGCCCACUGCCCUGCUGCUGUGCCUGUGGGCCCAUUGUGACGUGGAUGUUUGUGCUUUGUGUGGUGAGACACAUGUGUGUGUUUUGUGUGUUGUGCCUCGUGUCUGUUGUGUGUGGCCAGAGUGGGUGCGUAGAAUCCAGACCAUAAGGAGGGUAAGAACGAGAAUACGCACCCCCCUGCCCCUCCCAGUGCUCAGCAGUGCCCUCACCAAGAAUGCUGGCUCAGGGCGGCAGGGAGGGGGACCGACAGGCUGGCCCUUCCACAGUGUCACCAGGAGCCGGGGCUGGGGACCUACUCACUGUGAGGGGUCAGUUAUUUGGUCUGUGCCUCUGCUUCAGAACCAAGCUCCUCCAUGCAAGAGAAGCAGCCUUUCCUCCUCUCAGAGCCCCAGGCAUCAUUUACAUCUCUCACUGACAGCAGGGACAGAAUGCCUGGCCUCCUGGGCCAUGUCCUGGAGUGGACAGGAGCAGCUGUUGUGUGGAGAGGGCACCUGAUGCUCUGUCCCCCAGAGGGACACAGAGAGUGCAGGUCUGUGAGGCAGUGGACUGGGCUCCUCCCACAUAGUCUCUGGGGCCCUGAGUCCUCGGUUUACUCAAAACAGGAGUACUGGCUGACUUCCAGAAGCCUCCGCCUGCUGCCCACUUAGCCCAAGGUCCCUGGCUUACUGUGUUUGGCUUUUAUAGUCCCCUGCAUCCUCCUGCACCUUUCCCAGGUGAGGGCUGUCUCCGUCUCCCUUGUUGGCCUCUUUUCCCACCAGUCACCUUGUUUUCCCACUGCCACCCAUCAGCCCUCUGAUGCCCACGUGGGACAGAGGAGCCCACCCUUGGGAGAGCUGUGGUCCCUCCAAGAGUCCCUGCAGACACUGCACAGCACCGUGUCCUUGCCAAUAGGUCCCAGAGGUCAGGAAAAUGAAUGAAUGGAGGAAGCCCAAGUACAGGGAGGAGUAGGGCCGUUGCUCUGGCCCCUGGGAGCGCUGCCUGGUGCCCAGGCCUUUGACCUGUCAAAAGCCAGCCUUCCUCAGCAGGAUGCCCUCCCCUGGGACCUGGCCUUCUGUGGUCCCCAUUCUGAGACCAGCUGAGGGCCAGCCCUGAAGUCUGUAGAAGCAGCUUUUAGUCCUCAUGUAGACAGUGGUAAUCGGGUCCUGGGUGUAGAUGCAUGUGUUUGCUCUGUCCUCAGAGGAGCUCUUGCUGCUGGGGAAAUGGGAGUAACCACGGGCAGCCCCAGCUUGGGCUCCUGGUGCCAACCAGCACCCUCUCAGUGCCUAGCGCUGGGCUUGCUCUGGGCAACAAGCAUAAUCUUUCCCCCCAAAAAAGGCAUAAAAAUAGCUUUAGGAGCAAAGAAGUAUUUCUUGGUGAAAGGGAAAUAGACUUGGUGUGGCCUUUAGCUUGUGAGUUUGGAAGGUUCACUUCUGCCCUCUGCAUGUCAGAGGACAGUUGGGGGCACCAGAGAGCAGCCGACUGUGCUGCUGCCCUGGUGGUCUGUGCUGGACCCUGAGGGAUCUGUAACCAGCAGAGAAAACCUUGCUCCCACCCACCUCCCAUCUGCUUCUCUGACCUCAGCAGUGAAGGAUUCCUGGUCCUGGGAGGCACGGCAUAAGGAGAGUAGUGAUCACCAACCACCAAGGCCUGACCUCCUCCCUCCCUGUCUUGUCCUGGGAGUUGGGCGGUGACCAGAGUGGAGUCUGAUGGGUGGGUAUGAGCCCCAUGUCUUUUCUGUCCCCACUCUGCAUUUCAUUGUGAUUCUCAGAAGCCGUCUUGUAGACAGUAAGAAAGUAGAUGAGGAGUGACAGGGAGAAGCCUAGGACUGGGCGGAGCUCACCAGGGCAUAAGAACACACCCCUGAACUGGGCUUAGUGACCUGGUUUGGAAAAGAAUCCCCCAUACCCAUCUGGCUGGCCCAGGAGGCCAUGGUGCUGGUGGGCCCUGAUGUCUGCUUGGCCUGCAGCCCGUGCCCAGCCAGGCCCCCUCCUGCCAGAGACGGGUCAUUGCCAGAUGAGAAAGGGGAGGCAUGGGGCUUCCUGUAGCAGUGAGUUGGUUCCUGUCUCCUGGAUGUUCCCCAGCUUCUCCUCAGGCUGAGGGUCCCACCGUCACUGCCAUCAGCGACAACAUACUGAGGCGCCACCAGGACUGGCCAGUAAUGGUGAUAGUGGCUGGGAAGGUUCUAGAACACGCUGCCUGCAUGUCCCUCUGCUCUGGCUUUGUUGUUAGCUCUGUUCGGGGAGCGAGAGGCCAUCACAGGAGCCACGUUCUCCUUCACUUCCCAACAUAUCAGGUUCAGCCCUCUGGUUACUUCAUUACUAGAGAACAGUGCCGUGGGGAGGGGAGGUGCCAGUCCCUAACAGCUUACACUGGGGUCUGCUGCAUCAGUACAGCGAUUAUGUCCCCAGGUUAGCCACACCUGCCAGUAUCAGUUCUCCAAACAGCUUGGCACAGGAGGAGGCAGGCCCCGGGCAUUGAGGAAGGCUCGCUGUCCCACACACAAGGGCCAGCCAUGAGCUGUGUGCAAACCAUGCCUGCUCACCCAUGAGGGCCAUCUGCUCAUAACAGUUAUCACCUGUCACUUAAACAGGAACCAGCCAGGUGGCCAGUGAUAGAACAUAUGCGCUCUUUGUAUUACUGGAAAGGGGGCUGGUCAGGAUGUUGCUGGUCCGAACCUGCUAGGAGUCCAGCUUCCCCAUCCCUACUGGAUCUCAUGCACCAGGAACCAUAAGCACCCUCAUGUCUGCCUGCACCGCUGCCUGGGGUCCAGGGGAACUGGAAGAGGUGCCACACAGGGCAUGCGCACAUUUUCACACCGCACACCUGGGUCUCAUGGCCAGAGCUGCUUUAUGGUCCAGAAACCAGCCAAAGCCCAGGGGCUACCAACUAGCAAAACCCAGGCUUGACAGGCUGGGCAGGAGCAGAGCAGCUUGCUUCAUCUAACAAUCAGUUUUCUUAAAAAGAUCUCACAAGCAGGUUUCAGUGAACAACAAGCACUUAAUCAUCUCUCUCUUAACCUUUCUUCUUAUGGAUGUGAACUGUGCUGUGGAUAAGUCAUUGUUUGUAAUUCUUGAAUGUUCUCCAUGACUAACAGUUAUUAAGUCGGUGUGUAUAUGUAUAACUAAUGUAACUGCCUCUGAAAUUUUCAGUAAAAUAAAAAUGACUUUGCUCUGAACCCUAAA